GGCGCACAGUCUGUUGGACAUAUGCGCGCUGCUGCCACUUUUCCUGAGAAUGAGACUCACAUCGUCGAUGGGAUCCACUUUACAUCACUUGUGCGUGUCUCGGUCGGCGUGGGAGUGAUGCAGGGAUACUCGAGCUGGGGGUAAAAUAAUAAUAAUAAAAAGAAACUCUGGUUGUGCGCACCCACCAUGGAGCGUCGCCUGCAUCCUCGUUUGGAUUGGAGCUCUUUCUGACUGUCAUGUUCUCACUGUUCGCGGCGAGUUCACCUGGAAAACAAUGGAGUGGAGAAAGAGACUUUUCUGCUGGGUUUUACUGGCGGCGGAGCUCUGUGUUGGCUCUGCGCAAGUCCUCAGAAUCGGAGGUAUUUUUGAGACGCGGGAAAGUGAGUUAGUGAGCAUGGAUGAGCUGGCCUUCAAGUUUGCUGUAAACAACAUCAAUCGGAACAAAACCCUGAUGCCCAACUCGACUCUGACCUACGACAUCCAGAGGAUCAACAUCUUUGAUGGCUUUGAGGCGUCCAGGAGAGUGUGUGACCAGCUGGCUCUCGGGGUGGUUGCUGUGUUCGGCCCCUCUCACAGUUCCUCAGUCAGCGCCGUUCAGUCUAUCUGCAACGCCUUGGAAGUCCCUCACAUCCAGACUCGCUGGAAACACCCGUCGGUCAACAACAAAGACACCUUCUUCAUCAACCUCUUCCCUGAGUACACCGCCAUUGCCAGAGCCAUCCUUGACGUAGUCACAUUCUUCAAGUGGAAGAAACUAACAGUGAUCUAUGAAGACAGCACAGGUUUAAUGCGGAUGCAGGAGUUGAUCAAGGCUCCAGCCAAAUUAAAUCUGAAGAUCAAAAUUCGCCAGCUCACCCCAGGUAACCAGGAUGCUCGACCACUGCUGAAGGAGCUGAAGAAGGACAAGGAGUUUUUCAUCAUCUUUGAUUGUUCCUAUCGCAUGGCGUCAGAGCUCCUGAUGCAGCUGUCUUCAAUGGGAAUGAUGACAGAGUACUACCAUUUCUUCUUCACCACAUUGGACUUGUUUGCGCUGGAUCUCGAGCCGUACCGCUACAGCGGGGUCAACAUGACGGGUCUCCGACUACUUAACUUCGACGACCCGCUGGUGGCCUCCACAAUGAACAAGUGGGCCAUGGAUCGACUGCAAGGUCCCAAACAGGAGAAAGGGCUGAUGGAAGGAGUCAUGACUACAGAUGCGGCUUUGAUGUACGAUGCGGUCUACAUGGUCGCCGUGGCGGCUCAAAGGGCCACUCAAAUGACCGUCAGCUCCCUGCAGUGCCACCGCCACAAACCGUGGCGCUUUGGCCCGCGCUUCAUGAAUCUGUUCAAAGAGGCACAGUGGAAUGGACUGACUGGGCGCAUUGUUCUCAAUAAGACAGAUGGUCUAAGGAAGGACUUUGAUUUGGAUGUGAUCAGCCUCCAGGAGGACGGCGCUGCCAGAAUUGUUGCGGAGGGAACAAGUCAGCUCACGAAAAGGUGGAUUAAGGUUGCGAUAUGGAAUUCAUACAAGGGAAUGACUCUGAUAGAGACCAACCGAGACAAGAACAGCAAUGUGACAGACUCUCUGGCUAACAGGACUCUCAUCGUCACCACCAUACUGGAAAAUCCAUACGUGAUGGUUAGGAAAUCUGAUAAGGAGCUGGUUGGGAAUGAUCGCUAUGAAGGAUACUGUAUGGAUCUUUUGAAAGAGCUCUCAAACAUCUUGGGUUUUACGUAUGAAGUCAGACUGGUGGGCGAUGGGAAAUAUGGAGCUCAAAAUGACAAGGGAGAGUGGAACGGGAUGGUGCGGGAGCUGAUCGAGCACGUUGCAGACCUGGCCGUGGCUCCCCUCACCAUAACAUACGUCAGAGAGAAAGUGAUCGACUUCUCCAAGCCCUUCAUGACUUUAGGCAUCAGUAUUCUGUACCGGAAGCCAAACGGGACCAAUCCAGGCGUGUUCUCCUUCCUGAAUCCUCUGUCUCCAGACAUCUGGAUGUAUGUGCUUCUAGCCUGCACUGGUGUCAGCUGUGUUCUGUUUGUAAUUGCCAGGUUCACCCCAUACGAGUGGUACAAUCCUCAUCCAUGCAAUCCAUCCUCAACUCUAGUACAAAACAACUUCACUUUACUGAACAGCUUCUGGUUUGGUAUUGGAGCUCUCAUGCGACAAGGCUCUGAGCUGAUGCCUAAGGCUCUUUCCACUCGGAUAGUAGGGGGUAUCUGGUGGUUCUUCACUUUGAUCAUCAUCUCGUCUUAUACAGCCAACUUGGCAGCCUUUCUCACCGUGGAGAGAAUGGAUGCACCCAUUGACUCUGCAGACGACCUGGCCAAACAGAGCAGGAUUGAGUAUGGAGCUGUUAGAGAUGGAUCCACCAUGACCUUCUUUAAGAAAUCAAAGAUCUCCACCUAUGAGAAGAUGUGGGCCUUCAUGAGCAGCAGGAAGAACACAGCGUUAGUUAAAAACAACAAAGAAGGCAUCACCCGCGUUUUAACAACAGACUACGCCAUGCUGAUGGAGUCCACCAGCAUCGAGUAUAUCAGCCAGAGAAACUGCAACCUCACACAGAUCGGAGGUCUCAUUGACUCCAAAGGAUAUGGAGUGGGAACGCCAAUCGGAUCUCCAUACAGGGAUAAAGUCACCAUCGCCAUCCUUCAGCUGCAGGAGGAGGGAAAGCUACACAUGAUGAAGGAGAAGUGGUGGAGGGGCAACGGAUGCCCAGAGGAGGACAACAAAGAGGCCAGCGCUUUAGGCGUGGAGAACAUUGGCGGCAUCUUCAUCGUCCUGGCUGCUGGUCUGGUGCUGUCUGUUUUCGUUGCCAUUGGAGAGUUCAUCUAUAAGGCUCGCAGGAACGCAGACAUAGAGGAGUGUCUGUCCUGUGCUGUGAUGAGGGACGCCGGCUCCUCCCUGCAGUGUUCUCAGGGGAUCCUGUGGCGGUCACAACCCCUCACCGCGGACAGGCCCGCUUGCAUCUUCUGUCGACCCGCGUGUCCUGCAAAGAAAACGGGAGCAAAAACAGACUCCAGUGCAUGAGCCUCGCAGGAUCGAACGACAUGGACGGCCUUUUGAGUGUUUUCCACGCCGAUCAAACUUGUUUUUAGACCAUUGAAGGGAUACAGUCUUUUUCUCUUCCCCUCUUUGUAGGUUGUCACAAAUACAAAGCACUCUAUUGUAGAUUUUAGGGCUUACAGAAUUAAGAAUUUCUAGUGAUAAAGAAGGUUAAGACUAAAAUAAAAUAAAAUAAAAUUAGCAAUAACCUUAACUGUUCCCACAUUUUGAGCAAAAUGGAGUUGAAUCAACACACUUUUAUGCAGUCCCCAGUGUGUAAAUGUAUCACAACUUCAUAGAUAUUCAGAAUAAAAAGAUUUUUGCAUUUCUUUUUAAAAGUUGGUUCAGAACUGUUGUUAUUGUUGUUGUUUACCCCUGUUGGUGUGUCUUCGUUUGUGCCUCCUGGCAGCCCGUAGAGCAGCGUUUCUGGAACCAUCCAAGAAAGAUAAUAACAUCUAAGGAAAAGACAGCAACACACCUGCUGCUUUUUAGCCCGCUAGCAACGCAACAUCGCAGACACACAAAUCACAGUCUCAUGAGGAUGUGCUGCAGCGAGGAAGAAAGGACUAAGGAGAUUUCCUUUUAUACAAAAAAAGUGGAAUUUGUUCUCUUGGGAUUACAGUACAGCUCUUUGUUAUUGUUAUUUUAGUUUUGAGCCUCUACAAAAGUGCUUUUAGUGUCAUAAAAAUAUCCUGCCAGCAUUUCCUAAUUUCCUUUUUUUGUGAGUUUCCCAUUAAUGCAAAAUAAUAAUACAAUUUAAAAGCAGGUUGAUUUGUCAGAAAACAGCAGAUAAAGCUACAUAAAGAGCAAUUUUCUGCUCAAUUUGUUUCUAAAGUGCAAGUUCACAUCAAAAGUGGUUUCAAGGUGUAAUGAGGAAGCAAAAAAAGGUUUUAUUUAUCACAAUUCUCACCAUUUAUUAUCAAUUUUAUUCCAAAUAUUCAAAAUCUUGAGUCUAUAUCAUUGAUUUGACAUGAUUUGAUUGAUUUAUUUACUCAUAUAACAAGAACAGAACAGUAAAAGCAAUAGAAAAAAUUCUGAAAAAUUAAAUCAUGUGAUGGUGUCACAGAAACCCAACUGGGUUUAUUCAGGACAGUCACACACCUCUGUCAAAAUAAUGAAAAAAAGAAACAAAACAAAUAGAGAACUAGAUUGAAGGAUCUAAAACAUAAAAAACAGCAUAACAAUUCAAAAUCAAUUUGGUUUUAUGAAAAUGAAAUUGUAAAAAAUAUAUUUUCAAGCAUAGAAAACCCAAUUUUUUUGGCUUCAGUUUUGUAAGAGAUGCCCCUAUUUUCUGCCUAAACGUGGGAGUAAAAAAAAAACCUGGAAAGUCCCACCCAAGUGGAAAGUCACCUCACUUUUAAAAAAGUGUGAUUAAUUGAUUCUCUGUUGCAUAACCACAAAUCUAACAUAUCAUAAAAAAGAGGAACAGUUGUGGUCAAAUCAAAAAAUAAUGCAGCCUUUGAAUGUAAUCUCCAGUCUAACAUGAAAUACUGCAUUUCUGUCAUUUCUUUCCAAGCAUUUUCUCCAAUCUGAAUAUUAUUGACUUCAACAAUACUAUAGAAACCUUAAAGACAAUAUGUUCCCUUAAUGUAAAAAACACAAAUCCACUAAAAACAACAGAGGGAUUAGACCAAAAGAUUAAAAGAUUCAGAUGGAAAUCUUGACAUACAUUUCCCUUUUAAAACUGUCUGGAUGCAAAAGUUUUCAUCUCUUUGUUUACUUCAAGUACAGAAAAAUACUUUGGAAGAAAAUAAUCACAGUUUGUUCUUUGCUAAAAUCUGUUUGUGAAUAUAUUUUUGGUGCAUUGAAUGUGUGUCGUUUGGGUACAACCUUAAAGAACUGGACCAGGCUUUCCUUAA